AUGGCGCUUGCGGUACAACCAGUUACAUCAUCAUCAUCAUCAUUAUCAUCGGUUGUUUCAUCAGUUUCAACUCGUUCAUCACCAUCUACUAUACGACCAAUGAUAAAUAAUUCAAAUCGAUCUGUAAAUACGAAAUUUAUUGUUGAUUGGAACUCUCCAUCUAAAACAACAGCAUUGUCAAAUAAAACAAAAACAACUGAUGAUAAUUUACAAGAUGCUUUUCGUCGAUUUCGUGAACAACGAAUGGAAGAAAUGCGUAUUCAACAACGUAUAGAAUCACGAAAGAAAAAGAAAAUUCGACGAUCUAAUCCGCAACGAAUGCGCCGUUUAAGAUUAAAAUUUGUUGAACAAGCUAAACGAUAUCUUGGAAUACCUUAUGCAAAAAAAUAUUUUGAACCUGGCACAUCUGAAUAUGAAUCUAAAUUAUUUCUUGAUUGUUGUGGACUUGUUCGACGUGUUAUGUAUGAUCUAGCAAAAGAUUUUGGAUUUACUAUUGGUCCAUGGAAUCAAUCAUAUAUGUAUGAUACAUUACCAAAAACAAUAACAUCUCUAUCUGAUGUUAAACCUGGUGAUCUUGUAUUUAUAUCCGCUACUUAUUACAAUCCGAAGAUGAAAAAACAACGACAUGAUUUAACACAUGUAGAAAUAAUGUUAGGUGAGGGAGAAAAAACAAUUGGAGCACGAUGGAAUAAUGGAAAAGUACAAUUUUUUGAUAGCUAUAAAUUUGUAUCGAAAAGUUAUCAUUCACAAGUUUAUACAAUUAAAUCACUUGAUCCUUGGCUUAAAGGAAUAUGUAAAAGUUGUUGUACGGAACAUCCUUGGCGUCGACGACGAUAUAAAAAAGUGAAUAAAAAUUCGAUUUUCUUUUCACGUGAUCAAUCAAAUCGUGGUCAUCAUCAUCGCUCACAUAGUAGUAAACGAACAUCUUGUUCAUCAACAUCAUCAAUAAAUUCUACAAAUAAAAACGCUGAUGUACAUCGAAAACGAAAACAUCGAACAGCACGUUCAAAAUCUCAAAAAAAUACGAAUUUAACUAUAUCAUCUACUGAACAAAUUACGACCAAUUUAAAUAAUGAACAAUUACCAGUAUCUUCAACAAUAGAUAUUGAAUCAAUUAGUGAAGAUGAUGAUGAUGAUGAGGACGAUUCAAUUGAUAUUCUUGGUAAUCAAUUAACUAAAUUGAAUUGUCAAGGUGAAGAAGAAGAAGAAUGUGAUGAUUCAGAUUCUAUGGAUGAUGCCUUAAAUGCUGAACAAUUCGAUGAUGAUAUUGAAAGUAGUAUUGUUACAACAACUACAACCACUGUUCAGUCAUAA